AACAUUCCGAUUGUGGUAAAAUAACUAACUUGAUGUGCGACAAUGAUGUUUGCGAAUGUAAACCUGGGUAUGUGCAACGGGGAGAUCAGUGCAUUUGGGUGUAUGACGCUCAUUGCAAUACAUCAAGUGAUUGCGGACAAGGUGAUUUAAUAUGUGAACCGGCUGAUGCUCCUGUGGGACAUACUAGCAAAUGUCGUUGUCCAUAUGGAUAUGCAUUUGACUCCAAAACAACGUUUACUUGCAUAAAGGUUCUUGGAUCAUACUGCUCUGAUAUUUAUAACUGUGGAAACUCAAGCCAUGUAUCAUACUACUAUGAUAACUUCGAAAAAUACCCAUAUCUUGUAAAUUUGCCAUAUUAUUGCAACGUUGACAAUAUUUGUCACUGUUCACCGGGCUUCAAAAUGAACGAUGAAAACGAAUGCCAAGCAAUUUACGGAACCUUAUGUGCUUCUGACGAGGAUUGCUGGGAUAACACUGUGUCAAAUAAAUUCGCCUAUAAAUGCAACAGUGACAACAAUACUUGUUCCUGCAAUGACAAUUAUUAUCAGGAUGGAAUUAGGGACCAGUGGCACGAAUAUAAUUAUUAUUACUAUGACUGGAGCGAUGACAACAUUGGAAAUGCGCAGAUAUGCAAGCCACUGAUAGGUAUGCGGUGCUCAUAUGGUACAGUCAAUGAUACACAGUGUGUCAAUGAUACUGGCCAUGUAUACAACUAUCCAUACAACUUUUACGAAUACGACUGGAUGCACAAUCAAGUAAUUGAGUGUAUAGAGGGAGUGGAAAACUAUGGAGUUUGCACUAGAAUUCUGGGUCAUGAUUGUUCAACAAGAGAUGACGUUUGUAGACUGGUAGCUAACGCCAAAUGUGACACCUAUAACAAAUGUUCAUGCAACACUGGCUUUUUGGAAGAUCCGGAUAAAGACUUUUGCAAAAAAGUUACAAUGCUCUGA